AGUAACUCUAGUCGUUUGUGGAAGAUGGAGAUGAUAAUCGCCAGGAUGUUCCUUGGGGUACUACUUACUCUCUUGCUGGCUCCAGGUAUAGUUACAUUAAUUGAUUUUCCCUUUUCAGUACUCAUGUGAUAAAAUCGAACGGUGAAGUGCCGUUCUAAAGAAUUUUCCUCAAGGGCAUGAAUUCCUUCAUGAUUUAAUGAAUUUUUCUUUCGAUUUUUUUUCCUCCAUUUCUUUUUUCAGGUUACAAGUUAACGAAAGGUCAGUCAGAAGAAUUGUGUCUAGUAAACACUUAACACAACUUUUUCUAUCUACUUGACAUUUUGAAUAUGGGUAUUAGAAAAACAUUUUUACAUUUUAGGAGAUUGUUCAGGCAGAAAACUGGACAUUGCCAUUCUUGGUGAUAAGUCCAGAAGUUUAAAACCUGCAGACCUUGGGACGCUGCGAAAUGCCAUUUACAGCAUUGUGAACAGACUAGGAGUAUCCCCUGCUGGAAACCAUUUUGGUAUGAACUAACUUGAAAGAAUAGGCAGCUGAUAGUUAAGUUGUAAUUUCUUUUGUCCUAGGCGUGAAGGUGUCUACCUCCAGGUUAUCCAGUGUUCAAAUUUGUUAAUUAAUAUUUGUUAAAAGUCCUUUUCACGCAGGUUAAUGAAAUAUCGAAAAACUAGCCCAACUUGCAUCAAAAAAUAAAACACAAUAGCCUGUUUCAGGCGUUCAGAUCGUGGGAAGGACGCAAAAUACAGCGUAAGCUCCGGCUAGGGUGCAUUUCUUCGAAUUUUCAUUAUUUCCAUCAUUUGAACCUUAUAAAUAACUAAGAGUUCAUUGAGUGAGUUUGGGAUGCCUGUACCUGUGAUGUCGAUCAAGGAUAGUGUUUCAAGCUUUUAUUAUCAUAAUUAUUAUACUCAUCAUCGGUCAUUAUCAUUGUCAUUCUCAUCAUCUUCAUUAUUAUUAUUGUUAUUAUUGUUGUUAUUACUAUUAUUUCUUGUUUUAGUGGUUCUGUUGUUCAAAACAGGUAUCAUAACGUUCGACUCAAACGCGGCUUUACACAACACCUUUAACAACCUUACUUACCAGACAGAGAAAGCACUAAAAACUCUGGUAGGCAAUAAGUUCAAGAAAAUUGCAAGUAAAUGGGGGACCCGCAUCGACAAAGCGGAGAAAAUAGCUCGUGAUAAAUUGUUUACCCGCGCGAGGGGUGACAGACCUGAAGCCACAAAUGUGAUGUUGAUAUUUACGGACGGAAGACCGACUGGAUACAAAGAACCUGAUUUCACACCGUUCGGGCCACUUACGGUUGGCCUAGAGGUAAAAUAUUGACAUCAGUUUUAAGCUUCCUACCUACCAUUCCCCUAAUGUACCUAACGUUAAUACUGAAAAGUAGGAACCCGUUAAUUAUUACUCUGAAAGGAAACGAAACACAGUUCGAGUUAGCAGUGGUUCGAGUUAGGACGGACCAUUAGAAAACUUUUUUUUGGGCGGGGGGGGGCGAAGUAUUCAUGCACGCCAAUUAAUCCUAAAAAAUAUUCAUGCUAUGGACUAAAAAAAAUUCAUACAAGGAAUUUGAUAGCGAAAAAAAAUUCCUGCGGCUCGAAAAUUCCCCUCCCCCCAUAACUUUUGUAAUGGUCGGUCCCUUAUCGGGGUCGAUUGAAUGUCAAAUUUGCCGUAUGCAUUUUUUAUUGAAAUAAUUUAUUAAAUAAUUAAUAGUUACUGAUUUUUCAGCACUUCAGUGUAUAGUACAGUGCAAAUUUAACUCGAUCAUUUCAUCAGAAGCGGUAACAUGAUUAUGCUUGUACGGCCAAUUAUCAAAAUUUGUGCUAGUUAAGUACGGGGUUACCGAUUAUACAGCAAGAAGAGCUAAUGAAAUGGCAUCCGAGUGGAGUUACAAGAACCAGAAUUCGAGUUAUCGCGGUAAAUUUCAGUGAAAUUUUAAUCAAGGGAAAGAAAAUUUAGUUCGAGUUAGCGAGGAAUUUCGAUGAAAUAAAAGUGUCUGAAAAUUGGGGUGAAAUCCAGGCAAAUGCAUAGGGCAUAGGAGUUAGUUCGAGUUAGCAGGGAGUUCGAGCAAUCGGGGAUCAGUUUAAUUUGCUGUUUUAUGAUUUCCUACAAGUUAUUACACAGGCCGAGCGCAAGCUCGAAAUAUGAGCAUCGGCGAACAUCAGCAUUGUUCCGUAACAUUCGAAAUAUAAGGAUUUGUAUGGGGGGAAAACCUAUCGUUUCUGCAACCUACGAAAACGAAAGGAUUUCAAUAAAAAACAGCUUACCUUACAAAAAUUUGUGUUACGUCUCUCCUGUGUGGUCCAUGGGCCGAUUUAUGGCCGUGUUAUGGGUUGUACUGUAAACGAUUUGAUCCAGGUCUACAACUGGGAGCUCCGGCACCACCCAACGGUUUGUCGCCGUGGACUUGCUGAUAUUUUAUAUUUUGGCUUCUACUGUAGUGCCUUCAAGGGAAAAUGUUGGAUCAAUUAGGGGACGAGUAUAGGUGGAAAGUUUCCUAAAAAAUAGCUCAGUCUCAAAUGUCAAAUAAUAAUGAAGGGGAGGAAUUAUGCAUGGCAAAAGAACAUUUUUAGAAAUCGAUCAAAACAAAAUAAGCGGUCAAUCGUCAUUUCCAAUUGACAUAAUUAAAAUAAUGUUGUAAUGACUUAAGUGUCAUUUUAGCUUCACUUUGGGACAAUAAGAAAUAACUACGUUAUGGAUAAUUAUUGACAGGCCAAAUAACUACUAAUUACUUAACACACCCCCACCCUACCCCCACCCCCUACCCAACCCAGGCCGGAACGGCUGUUAAACAGUGCAACGGUUUUGAUAAUACAAUUUUAAUCGGGAAAAAGGUCUUCAGUCUUGUGUAAAUGUUAGAGCCCAAUUCUGAUCAAAACCUAGAGAGGACAGUUUUCUUCACUUGAUUAUAAUCAUUUCUUUUCUAGAGGAGAGGUGUUAAAAUCGUAGCAGUUGGAAUAGGAAGAAACAUCAACAGAAAAAACCUGGCUACUAUUGCUGGUACUAAGGGUACUGUAAUUGUCAUCAAAAAUUUUCGACGCCUCCUAGCUAAGCUUAACGAAAUCCUGGACACCGUAUGUGGUAGGUGCAAGCUCUUUCAACAAAAGUAAAUUUUAGGAGACUGUUGAGACGUUUUAUUAUCAGUUCUUAACACUAUCUAUAGUAUCCUGAUCAAUAACUUGAAAGUUAAAACCGCACUAAAAUUAAUUACACUAACUAUAGUGGGACUUUUGAAUGCUGAAAUCAUUACGGUUACCCUAGGCCUAAAUAUAGAUACUUUUCAUUCAAAAAAUUUAUUUUUCUUAUUAUUUCCUUUAUCUGAGACCGUGUUUGUUGCGCGAAAAAGUCAAAGGUUCAUAAAAAACAUAACUGCUAAACAACAGAGAGAUUAAAAAGCUUUAUUCAACUGGAGUAGUCUCUCAAAAAUGGUGAAAAAUUCCGAGAACAUACAGUGCAUAUUAUAUAGAACAAGGACAUGUUAUAGCGAUUGCUAAUUUCUUUUUUCAAAACCUUUUAAGUUUAUGCGAAAAAAAAUUUCACUUUUGAGCCUGGGCUACCUGUGAAGAUAAUAAGUAACUUUUUCUAAAAUUCUCCUUUUAUAGCUAUUGACGGCGGCUACACCGAUUGGUCAGCUUCAAAGUGCACUGUUACCUGUGGAGGAGGAACAAAGACAUUAACAAGAACCUGUACCAAUCCACCCCCGUCCAACGGCGGAAAAAACUGCAGUGGACUGGGCCCCGCCUCAAUAACAGAGGAGUGCAACAUGAAUACAUGCCGUACGUUUUUGUUUAUUUUUGCACCUUAAAAAUAGAAAAUAACCCUCUAGGAAAUUCCUACCAACUUGAGAAGUUAAAGAGGGCAGGUUCUUAACCGUGUCGUUUUUCAUUUAUUUGUUUAUUUAAUUUGCAUUUCUCCGAUUUUGCAGUUAUUGUAUUUCUCAUUUUUUUAGCAAUUGACGGUGGUUACACCGAUUGGUCAGCUUCAAAAUGCAGUGUUACCUGUGGAGGAGGAACACAGAUAUUAACAAGAACCUGUACCAAUCCCCCUCCUUCAAACGGCGGAAAAAACUGCAGUGGACUGGGACCAGCUAAAACGACACAAGGGUGUAGCACGCAAGAAUGUCGUGAGUUUAUUCGUCUUUUUAAAAAUAAGCAAUCUUAAUAAAUGAAAUAAAUAAAUAAGUGAUGCUUAUAAUAAUGUAAUGAUAAUAAUUAUAAACAUAGUUUGAAGGAGUUAAUCAACCCUUCGCUCACUAAAUCGGUCCCCUUUUGAAAGUUAUGGAAACUUCAAAUAAUAUUUUUGUUUACCCAAUUAAGAAAAUCUAAGUCUUUUCCGUCAAGUUUAUGAGCAUGGUUCUUAAGAAUGCCAUGCGCGUCUUUGUACGGAGAUAGGUACAUUUUUAAGCCAGGGAAUGAGCAAAUUCGUUUUUGUAGAUAACGUUAAGACAUGAAUUACAGGCAGGUGAAAUCAAUUAUUUCUUGGCUUUUACCAAUUGAGACUUUUUCUCCUUUUUGGAAGAAAUAUUAAUAAUGAUCCUUACUUUGCUAAAAUUUUCAUUCUUACACAGCACCGCCGUGUACAGCAGGACUCGAUGUUGGGAUCGUUCUGGAUAAAUCAAACAGUGUAAAGAUAAAAAAUCUAAAAAUCGUCAUCGAAUUCUUGAAAAACCUCAUUAAAAAGUUCAAUCCUGCGCCAGCCGCUGACCACUUCGGUUUGAUUACGUUCCACAACAAGGCGAUCAUGGAAUUUAACUUUGCACGAGCCGAGUUUCAUGACAGAGAAGCUCUGUUAAAGAGAAUCGCCGACGAGCCUCUUAAGUUGGAAUACCAAACCCGGACUGACCUUGCUUUACAAAUGGCGAGGGAUGAGUUGUUCAGCACGGCAGGAGGAGAUAGGCCAGAUAAACCAAAUGUCAUGAUUGUAUUAACUGAUGGUAAGCCGACUAAGCUGAGCCAAAAGGAGUUUAAAGAGUUUGCGGAGAGGGUCUCCAAAGAUUUAAAGGUUGGUAUAGUAUGAUAUUACGUACUUUUCGUCAUCAUAAUUCGAAUUAUCUUAUUAGACGAUGAAAGGAAAAGUUUUUGGAAUUUUUCCUGAUUUGUUAGUAGUUCAGGAUGUACCGGUUAGGCCGUGUUUUCAAGUGGAAUCUCACUAGUGUGCAAUGGAAUUCAUAAACGCCGAUGAUGUCAUACCAAUGUUGCCUCAAGCCUCUGUUUCAAAGCGAGGCUAAGUACGAAAAUGACUCUUUUUUCUCAUGCAAAUAAACUCAUUUUCACAACAAACGUUUUCCACUUAGCCUCGUUUUGAAAGCGAGAGUUUUUAGGACUCAGAAUCGAAAUGGCCUAUUUGAAUAAAAUUCGGUGGGAUCACAUUAAGAUAAUGUAACGUGCUUAAUCAAAAGUAAAAAACAAACAGCGGUGAUAACCAUUGUGAACUUGGGCAUUUUUAUGUCAACUUGAAUUUUCGUAUGGUGAUUAUCGUACAUCUUAAAAAAAGACCGUUACAAAUUAUGAAAAAAAACAUAUCAAUACAAAAGUGAUAAGGGGUCUGUUACUUAGAUGCUUUUCACUGCUGAUGUUUCUUAAAAGAUCUUCAAUAAACAAUGUUUCUUUGUUAAUAUUUGACGGUGAUAAUUGGAUUUGCCGGCGACGCUGAAAUUUCAAAAUGACCCCACUUAUAAAAGCCAAGUCUAACGAGCGCAGUUGUUUCCAUAAAAUUCAACAGGAGAAACACGUGAACACUGUUGCUGUUGGAAUUGGUGAUCGCGUAAAUAAGGAAAUUCUUCAGCAAAUUGCAGGAGAAGGGAAUCCUACGGUUGAGGUGAAAGACUUCUCGCAGUUGCAAAAGAUGAUUGAAACAAUCAAGGCAUCCGCUUGCUCAGGUGUGUGUUGUUAACAGAUUUAUAGCAAGGGAGACUUGUUUCGAAUCCAUGGUUAUCGUUUUAAUUAUCUAGGUUAACGUGCUAUUGCACAUCUCAAAGUGCUAUGGCAUAGAAUUUCCUCACCUCCACCCCCUAAAUUAAACUUGGAAACAGGUCCCCCCUCUCUUCCUCACUCUCUUUAUCGGAACAAGAAUUAAAUUGUUUUCUCACUUACUGUAUAUUUUUCUUAUUUUGAAUACACCGGUAUCAAUAGGUUUCAGGUCUUUCAUCCUCUCCAGGGGCUGCUAGGGUGCGGGCGGGGAAAUUGGCACGAAGAAAAGUUCUUUAGACUUUGUGCCAUUUUCCCCUGUUUAGGAAAAAUGGGGGGUCUCCUCGGAUGUCUCUGCUGCUAAGUGCUUGCGGAUUUUUUUUCUUUCGAUUUAGGCAACCAAAAUCAAUCUUAAUUUCACUGAAGGGGGCCCUCUAGAUUCGAAUAAUCGCCAUCUUAAUAUAACCCCUUUUACUCAGCGUUGUAUAACUAAAAUACUUGAAAACACUCUUCGCUAAGAUACGCAGCUAAAUUUGAAAAGGCUGAUCAAUUGCAGUCCGUGCUGGCCAGUGAAAGAAGAAAGGGAAAUCUGUUGACAAGCCCGACGUCAUAGAGUGUCAUUAAGUUACAUUAUGGGGGGUUAAGUUGACACUGAAAAACCCAAGCGUUGAAAGAUGCCUUUUUUUAAAUUCAUCCAACGUUUCUCAAAAGUCCCUUAACUUUUCUGGCCCAGGAAGCUGAUUUAUUUUUGCCAUGUUUGAAAAUAAUAUAAUGAAACUAUCAGUUAACGAAACUAAAUUGACUGGUUUGUGAGCCAGGACUUGUGCUACUUUUCAACAAGUUAUGAUUUUAAAAUUUUCCCUCUGGCCUGAAAAGUCACCGGUCUUUUCAAGAAACGGGUCCGUGGAUAGAGGAAAAAGAGGGAAGCUUGACAGGUGACGUUACAUCCGAAAUCGCCGAGGACGACUGGGAACGAGACUGGGAGAAUAUACAUGAAAGGGCUUAGUCCUCAAUUUUCGUUUGGAAUCGCCACAAAAAUUACUUAACCAUUAACCUUCCGACCAAAAUUAUAAGCACCCCUGGGGCGUGGUCGGGCUUGGUAAAGAUUGAAAAUCGGCCUAUUAUGUUUGUGUAAUUCCUAUACUUGUUAGGUCUUUGCAGUUAGUUGUGAAUGUGUUUAAAAUACUUAGUCGAGCGUGAAACCUUUAUACGCGUCGUUUAGGGAAGAGUUUUUUUUUACAAGGAAGUUUUUAGAAGUUUGAUAACUUCAACUCUGCUUUUUUGACAGAAUGAUGCAAGACCAUCAACAAAGCUUUUUCUUAUUGGGGAUGUGUGUACAGGGGAAACAGACGAGAAAUUUGGUAGAACCAACUGCUAGAUAUGGAGUAAUUUUUGGUUAUUUGAUGUCAACAUCAAAAAGAAAUAAAUGGGAAC